GUAAAUGCCUUCAAAAUGGAAGCAACCAUGUUCAUCUGUCACGCAUAGCGACGACGUUUAACGCCACGUAAUUUUUGUAUUUGUGAUUACUUCUUAAAGCCGGAGAAUAUUUUCAAUCCGUGGUUUUAUUACACCAAAGUACAGCUUAGUUACUAAAAACCGCACAGAAUGGAUUCGAUGGUACGCUACAUUUCCCCGGUGAAUCCAGCCGUCUUUCCACAUCUCGCCAGUGUGUUACUGCUGAUCGGCACCUUCUUCACUGCCUGGUUUUUCGUGUUCGAAGUAUCGCGACCAAAACAUGGCGGCGGCAGCGGCAAAGAUGGAAUUAUCUUCAAGGAGCUGCUAAUCUCACUGUUUGCGUCCGUCUUUCUCGGGUUCGGCGUACUGUUUCUGCUGCUGUCCGUGGGAAUCUACGUGUGAAUACCACUCCCGUCACUCUAGUGUAAGCAAAUUGUGAGGGGCCCUCUGGUUAAGUUCUCACCGAAGAACGAAGAACGUUCGUGAUUAUGUGUACUGCAUCUGAGCAUUUCUUAUUUCUCUGUGGUGGGAUCCGCCACACCCAACCUCUUUUCCCGGUUAGUAGUAUUUCGUGUCUCACCGUGGGAGGAUGAUGUGAAUGCGUACGAGCUCUACUGAUAAGAUUAAAGCAAUGGACAUAAAUGCCAAUCAAUGUGUCGCCA